CCACAGGCUAUUAUAGGAGGGCAGAAGAUAAGAUGGGCCAUACAUAAAACCCACCCCAGAAUCACACCUAAGCUGGGAGUCCACAUACGAUCAUUCAGACAUGGCAAGUAAGAAGGCAUCCAAUAAGAGACAGAGGGGAGGACAGAAGUCUUGCUCCAAUGUCUUCUCUAUGUUCGAGCAGUCCCAGAUACAGGAGUUCAAGGAGGCUUUUGGCUGCAUUGACCAAGACAGAGACGGUGUUAUCAAAAAACAAGACUUGAAGGAGACCUAUGCCCAGCUAGGGAAGCUUAAUGUCAAAGAUGAGGAGUUGGAUGAGAUGUUGCAUGAGGGGAAGGGCCCCAUCAACUUCACUGUGUUCCUGACACUUUUUGGGGAGAAGCUCAAUGGUACUGAUCCUGAAGACACUAUACUUGCUGCCUUCAAACUUUUUGAUCCCAAUGGGACAGGCUUUGUUAAUAAAGAUGAGUUUAGGCGUUUACUGAUGAACCAAGCUGAUAAAUUCACAGCAGAAGAGGUGGAUCAGGCCUUUGCUCUCGCUCCCAUUGACCCAACUGGUAACAUCGACUACAAGUCCCUCUGCUACACCAUCACACAUGGAGAUGAGAAGGAAGAAUCCUAACAAGGACCAUUAUCCUUGUUGUCAGGUCAUAGAGGUUAUCUGAACAUGCUGAUGACUGUUUUUACAUUGGCUUCUUAUCAUUCAGAAGCAUCAAUGUUUGAUGGAAUAAUGUUGGAAUACCUGAUUCAUUUAAACUCAAAUGUUCAAAGGUUAUAAAUACUGUACUUCCGUUGGUAUUAAAAAUUGGCUCAUUUGUUUUUCAUGCUAUGCGAAUAAAGCUUCUUUGUUGAUUACAAA